AUGACCGCCACGACAUGCUCAACGAAGUGGUUCUUCGCCCGCUCCACCCCGACCUGCGCAGCCAUCGUCCUCGGCCUGGACGCCGCGGGGAAGACCACCAUUCUAUACCGGCUUGUUCGUCCCAAUGAGACGGUGAUGACGAUCCCGACGAUCGGGUUCAACGUCGAGACCGUGUCGGUGAAUGGCGGCACCAUCACGCUCUGGGACAUCGGCGGGUGCGACCAGAUGCGGCCGUUGCGGCGGCACUAUUUUGGGGGCAUGCAGGGGAUUGUGUAUGUGGUUGAUUCGGCGGAUGCGGGGAGGGUGGAGGAGGCGGGGAGGGAGUUGGGGGGGCUGGCGAGGGAGGUUGGGGAGGGUGAGGGGAGUGUGCCGGUCGUUGUACUAGCAAACAAACAAGACCUCCCCACCGCGCUCUCCCUCACCGAGAUUCAAACCGCCCUCGCCCCGCACAUCCCCCCCAAAACCCUCUGGAAAGUCUUCCCCACAACCAGCACCUCCCCGCUCACCACGGACCUCGACGCCCCCUUCCACUGGCUCACCACCCUCAUCACCGCCACCUCCGCCUCGCCCACAACCCCUCCCCGGACGCUCCCGAACCAUCUGCAAACCCUUGCCGAGUGGUUAACCCGCACGGACGUCCCGGACGCCGUCUUUCUGACGCAACUGGAAACCUUCACACUCCCGAACUGGGACCACUACACGCAUCUCCGCAUCGCGUAUGUGUAUCUCACAACGUACGGGCGGCAGAAGGGGAAAGACAAGAUCUUUGCCUCGAUCGAGACCUUUAUCAAGAACAGUGGGAGGACCACCGCGAAGACGUUUAGCGUCACCGUCACGUAUUUCUGGCUGCAUAUGGUUGAUUGGGCGUUGAAGACUACACCCGGCGCGUCAACAUCCUUCCACGCCCUCCUAUCCCUCUGCCCGUACCUCGCGGACGGGUCGCUGCCGCUGACGUACUACACGAAGGAGAGACUGUAUGGGAGUGUGGAGUCGCGGACGGGGUUUGUGGUGCCGGAUGUGAGGCCUUUGCCCAACGUCGUUCUGAGUGCUAAGUAA